CUUCAUGCACAAGAAACUUUUUAUCUGCAAUGUGCGGGACUGAGCGCUUGAAAGCGAGUAGCUGUUGUUAGCAUUCACACCAUUCUGAGCGGACUAUCCACGCCCAUUCACCUUGCGCGAGACGCUCAUACCUAGUCCCUUCCAAGGUGCAACUAGGAUGAACACUCUGGUGAAUAGGGAUGAAGACGAGAUCCUUGUCCCUACAGCUUACCGAGAUGUUGCUGGGGAUGCGGAGAAAAAGCUUCAGAAUGCUGCCGCUAUGCGGAUAAUGCAUGAGGGAACAUCUCAAGUGCCAGCAGUGUCGCAAGAGUCAGCCUCGGAUUUGCUCGUGAUCGAAGAGCCGACGUUGAAUAUGGAAUUGGGACCUGCGGCAGCUGUACCGCGGGAUGUAGCAGCAGAGGCGGACAUGGACGAUAAGAUGAACGUCGACGGUGAUCCUGUGCAAGAUCAGUCUACUGCCGCCACUUCUGCGGACACGGUGGCGGAUACAGAAUCGGGACAUGCAUCGGCUGUAUUUCAGGAGACAGCAAUACAUGAGGAUUUAGCAGAUUCGAUGGAUGUGGAGGAGGAAUCUGUGCAAAAGCAGUCGAAUACCGUGUCAUCUAGCAAAGUGCCAUCUACGAACGACGCCGAAACGGAAGAGCCGAGGUCAAUAGAUGUGGCGGAAGGAGAUAACACUGGUGGCGAAGCGGCCUCCGCUCUUGCUGUUGAGAAGGUAUUACGCAAGCGAACCAGCUCCGGUGGCAAGGUGGAAUACUGCAUUCAGUGGAAUAAUGGGCACAAAACAUGGGAAACGCGUUUCAACAUGGCUGCCUACAUAGGUGCGAUUGAGGCGUAUGAUGCAUCUCUUGAAGAGCCAAUGACCAAAGGUCGAGGGACGCCUAUCAAAAGGGGUGGAGAAACGGACGAUGACGAGUCAGAUACUGAUGGAGAAUCUAAUGACGAGGAAGUAGGACUUCUGAAAAGGUCAAAGAGAUUGUCUGCUGCUGCUGCUGCACAUGCGAUAAGUCAAAGUAAGGGCGCUGACGCUGUCGAAGAGGAUCAAUCUUCGGAUGAGUACGAUGAUACCGAAAGUAGUGCGAAGGAGAAUGGCGAGUCCGACCUCCGUCGAUCGUCACGACAGUCACAAGACUGCCGCAAGAGACCCGACAAUUCCAUUGCGAUCGUUUGUACCACAUAUGGACGCACCGAGUCGAAGCGGCGUGAUGAGCAUAAUGAUCUGGAGGGAGAUCUUGGACCAUUGAUCAGUUGUGCAUCAUGUGCCGUAGUGUGGCAUCAGCCAUGUGGAACAGCCAAACGAAAGAUGCUGCCAAAUGGUCUACUUCAGUGUAGUCACUGUAUCAAGGAAGAUCCCAUUUGCCUUGUGUGCAAGCAGCCCCCACAUCCAAUACCUCCGGAGAGUCUCGAAGAUGAAGAUCCACCAAUUGAAGGGGUUGUUCGACCUUUGUUUCGGUGCUUUCGAUGUGGAUUGACAGCACAUAUCGAGUGCAUCAUGCAACUAUAUUUGGACGAUGUGGACGAUACUGGGAGAACCUUUAUCAAAAGUGGUGUAGGAUCUCGGCAGUGGUUUGAAAAGGAAUGGAAAUGUGUGGAUUGCAUUGUGUGGGAUGACAAGGUGGAGAGUAUUCUCACCUACCGGGAACUUCCUCCAGAGCCACAGGACGGGGAAGAAGCAGAAGUGUCCCCCCCGGCUCGGGAGUUUUAUGUCAAGUUUGCAUCAUGGUCAUAUCGACACUGUACUUGGGUGUCUGAGCGGUGGCUAUCACAGUUAAAAUAUGAACAAGCGAAAUAUAAGAAUUUCAUUAAGAUGGUGGAAGCAGACAACGAGGAGGCGAAGGCUGAAGGGCAGGCACCUGUCUGGCCAAUGGAGGUCGAUGAUGCCUUGCCCCUUGAUGUACUAAUAGUAGAGAAGAUUUUGGAUGCAACUUACCACAAGCUGCAUGGUACAGAAGAUUUGGACAAUUUGAAAGAGGUUUAUAUUAAAUGGAAGGGAUUACCCCACGACAAGUGCUACUGGGAGCAACUACCACCCGAUGACGACCCACUGUAUCCUGACAUUGUUCGAGAGUAUGAGCGAUAUUUGAAGAGAGAUGAGAUAGGUGAUUGGAAGAGCGUUCCCACUCGCAAAAAAGCUUUCGAGGAAUAUGAUGAGCAGCCAGACUUUAUUGGUUAUGGUCAGCUGAAGCCUUAUCAGUUGGAAGGCCUCAACUGGCUUCUGUAUAAAUGGCACAAGGAGACGCCAUGUAUUUUAGCCGACGAUAUGGGUCUAGGCAAAACAGUUCAGAUAGUGUCCCUUCUAGCGUGUCUUCACCACGAUUACUACAGAUGGCCAUUUCUCAUUGCCGUUCCGUCUUCUACGCUUGGCCACUGGCAACAAGAGUUACAGCGAUGGGCACCAAAUCUUGUGGUGACUACCUAUAGCGGAAGCCAGGAAGCCCGCAAAGUAAUCCGCGAACACGAAAUUCACGGACCAGAAGAUGAGAACCGAAAGCAGGACAAAAACGUUCGCUUCCAUGUCCUCUUGGCUAAUUACGAAACUUUGUCGCGUGAUUCUGCAUACUUUCGAAAUAUUGACUUUGAGGUCCUGGUCUGCGAUGAGGGACAUCGAUUGAAAGAUGAUUCCGCCAAAUCUUUCACCUCCUUUAAAAAGAAUUUGAAGGUUCGGCAUCGGAUCAUUAUGACUGGCACGCCACUCCAGAACAAUGUUCGAGAGCUGUUUAACUUGUUAUGCUUCCUCGAUCCUGUAAAGUUCUCUUCGCCCAAGGAGUGGGAGGAAAAAUAUGAAACGGAUGAGCUCAAUGAUGAAUCUAUGAAAGAAUUGCAUGAGCUUCUCCAGCCAUAUUUUCUUCGACGAACAAAAAGUGACGUAAACUUAAAAUUGCCGCCAAAGGUAGAAACAUUAGUCCCGGUGUCAAUGACAUCGAUACAAAAGGAGUUAUAUAGAGCUAUCUUAGCCAAAAAUUCCGACAUUUUAAAAUCUAUCGGAGUGGUUAUUAGUGGAAAGGAUGAUGCCCGCGUCAGUCCACUGCAAAAUAUUCUGAUGGAGCUACGAAAGAUUUGCAAUCACCCAUAUAUUCUUCCCGACGUUGAACCAAAGGAUUUGACUGAAGAAGAAGCUCAUAAAAGGCUGAUUGAAUCCGGCGCAAAGUUGGCUCUCCUGCAUAAAAUGCUUCCAAAGCUGAAAGCUAGAGGUCACCGCGUCCUUAUUUUUUCACAAUUCAAGUUGAGCUUGAAUAUCAUGGAGGACUAUAUGGUCACGGAAGGAUACAAGUUCCUUCGCAUGGACGGUGAAUUGAAGAAUGAGCUGCGGCAGCCGAUGAUUGAUCAGUUUAAUGCGCCGGAUUCAGACUACUUUGUUUUUUUGCUGACUACGCGGACGGGUGGGGAAGGAAUUAAUUUGACUGCGGCUGAUACGAUCAUUAUCUACGAUGCGGAUUGGAACCCACAGAGAGAUAUUCAAGCGAUGGCACGAGCACACCGCAUAGGACAGACGAAGCCUCUUGUAGUGUAUCGAUUCUUUACAAGCAAUUCGGUGGAAGAAAAAAUCAUACAGGUGGCCAAGAAAAAACUAGUACUGGAUCAUCUGAUCAUCAGCUCAAUGAGCAGGACGGAAGUAACAAAGGAAGAGUAUUCUUCUAUUGUCAAGUUCGGAGCAAAGGCACUUUUCGAAGAGGAGAAGGGCAAUGAACAGGGUGAUGGCGUAAACCCGGCGACCGAGGCUCGUCAAAUUAAAUAUGACGAUAAAGCGGUUGAAGAUCUUCUCAAUCUCUCCGCCCAGCGCGCCGCAGAAGCUGCUGCGGCCCAUGAUCCGGCUGAACCUGCGAAAACAGGCGCAUUUGCCUUUGCAAAGGUGUGGAAUGUUGAAAAGCAUACUGAUGAAGAGUUGGAGGACAUAGCAGAGCUACCCGACGAGGGUCAAGAUGAUGAUGAAUUUUGGAAUAAUCUCCUCAAGGAGGCUGCUGCCGGUGGUACGAUUGACCCGGAAGUUGAUGAGCACGGCCGGUCAAGGCGUAAACGAAAACAGGUCACCUAUUUUGAGGAUAAAACAACUAAGCGAAGCAAAUUGUAUGAGGACCUGCCAAGCGAUGGGCUGGAACCGGAAGAAGAUCAAGAGCCGGAGACAACCCAUGAGGAUCCGGAAUUCCACCCUCCCGCAGUCGAAGAAGAAGAUAUAGAUGACUCCGAUGGCGUGGAGGAAGAAGCCAUUAUUUCGGUACCUGGUGCACCUCUGGGCACGGCUACAAAGCCGACCAAGGCAGCGCGGGCCCCAAAGCAUUCAAAAAUGAUGGCAACAUUGCCUAUGAAAGGAUUUCCUGUGGGAACGUCAGCAACGAUCCCUCCUCAGCAGACUACCUAUGGAGCCAACUUCCAGGCCAUGCCUGUCCAAAACUCGGAUGGUGUCCAGUACAGUUGGCCACGACCAUCGCCACUGAUGCGCCCCCAUUUGCCUCCCAGCAGCUUUGGACCAGUGCCAGCACACCUGCCGCCUAACUUCCCCCAAGGAUACCCCGCGCGUCCGAUUGCACCGCAAAGCGGCUAUGGGUCAGGUUUUCGACCAGUACCCAGUAACUUCAUUCAGGGAUGGGGCCCCCCUCGACCGGGAAAUGCGGCGUAUUCUCCACAAAUGCAGGGACCUAGUAACUUGAUGCAAAGACCGUCGCAUUCGCAGAGCGGCUACGGGACAAGUUCCGCGCAACCGCCUGGUAAGAUCAUUCACGAGCAGCCGGCGCAUAUGCACACCGGGUAUGGAAAAAGCGUUCUACCAACGUCCGGUAACGUUUCUCAAGGACAGUCGGUGCGUCCUCAAUUUUCUCAAAGUGGAUACGGGGCCGGUUUUCCACAAAUGCAAAUACCCAGCAACUUCGCUCAAAGACCACCAGUACCACCGCAACCGCAACGCUCUCAGGGUGACUAUUCGAAGCCCCCAACGUGGACACCCAGUACAUCUGCCGAAGGUCCACCAGACCGCUCCAAUAUUCCUAAUCGGCAGUUUGCACAGCCCGUAGCUCCACCUGAAAAUUCCACUCAAGGGCUUUCAUCACAGCCGGCACAACCGCCGUCUCUACGCGACUCGCAGGCGGAUUCGCAAGCUGUUCAUAGCAAUAAUGGGACGUCAGGCCCUAUAGUGCAGACGUCGGUUCCUUUAGGCGUGCCACAGCCGACGGUCGUACACAUCUCUAAGGUCCCUUCCGUACCGGGGCAGCAAACUUCGGUGCCAACUGCCUCAACCCAUACUUCAGCAGAACCACAUGCAUCUGCUGAAGUGUUUUCCCUACACGCAGCGCAUUCCAUGUCAACACAGCCUCCGACAACUACAGUACCAGCAAAGAAACUACCGGAGGAAAUCUCGCCCGAGGCGGAGAAAAGUGCUCGUACUAUGGUAAACCUUUAUACCACUCCAGGCAUCGCACCAACUUGCUGGCUCUGCCUAUACGAGUUUCACCCUAUCGAGAAAUGUCCAAUGCGAAACAACGAAGGGUAUCUCCGUACCGUCUUUAAACAAAUGACUGUGGCACUGCAGUUUGAUCUCUCUGAGGAAGUCACCGAGGGGAUUGCUGUAAAGUUGAAGCUCAUAGCCUUAUUUUUCAAAAAGCUCGGUUACGAAGCCCCAGGUCCUAUACCAGAUCUACCCCUGCGCAAAUCACCGGAGGUGAUGACCACGAAGGCAGUAACUAGCAUGGUACCAACGCCACAACCAACAGCGAGCAUCGAGACAUUACCCAGCCCUCAUGGGCAGGCGACGCCGGCCAGUGUCUCUACGCUGAAUAACCUUCCGAGGAGCUCGGUGCAGCAAUUUACAUCUUUGAUGCCAUCCACAGUACCUCCACCGAACGGGACUCCUCGGACUUUGACGGGAUGGCCCAGUACGAUAUUGCCACAAUUCCCAGUCGUUACAGCCUCUCCUGCUCUCCAAGCCACUGGAACAUCAUCGUUGAGCCACACAACUCCGGUAAACGUUACGUCCAACGUGCAGUCAUCACACGUGCAACAGUCGUCAACGAGUAGUGACGAGUCCAUACGACGUGCAAACUUAGCACUGUUGCCUUCUUCAUCAACUGUAGGGUCGACAAUCCCAGGUACCUGGAAUUAUACCCCUCCAGCACCGGCGGCGUCAUUCGGGGGACUUCAACCUGUCCAAUCAACGAUUCCUUUGAUGAGUGGCCCUCAGAAAUCAAAUGGCAUGACGUCGAUGUUUUCUAGCGUAGGGCAGUAUUCUGUGCCAUCUGUUGGGUCGCUACCACAGCAGCAGUUUUCAACAGUUCCUUCCAAUUGGACACAGAUUGUGCCAGGAAUCAUAGCAACAAAUAUGGCCCCCAACGCUUUCAUGACCUACGGUCAGAGGCCGGCAACCGGGUACCCCGUAAUGGAAUAUCCCGUACAAAAGUGCUUGUUUUGCGGUGCUUCAAAUCACCGAACGGAAGACAAGAACUGCCCACUACUUCAACAAAAUCCGACGGAACACCGUCGAAAGCUGCGAGAAUUUGUUCGGGAGGGUCAUGUAAAUCACCUUUCCAUAAAACAGGUCACUGACUUGGAUCUGCUGGCGUCAUAUUAUGAGAAGCAAAGGACGCGGACGUCGAAUAAAAAUGAAAACCCAUCCGCGAUUGGCACUGGAGCUCUCACUCUCAGCCGGUCAUCGGUGGUAGAUCCUCGACCUUUCUCGUACCCGCAAGGGAACAUUCAAACCUGGCCGUCAAGUGCGCAAAACGCAGGUUCGUCAAGUGCUGGUCAAGCUGGGGCAGGCUCUGGUGGGUCAUCCCACAGUAUGGAUGCGUUCAUUAGGCAGGAGCAGCAUUUAGCUGCACUGCAAAAUCCAUGGCCACAAGCUCAGUACUUUACGUAUUCGCAUCAAAUACCAGGAUCUCUGCCUGUGGGCUCCUCGCCAUUUCCAGUUACGUUUUCUUCCGGUGUGCAGGGUCAACAGCAAUCUCGAAUCAUCCAGCAGGGUAAUGUGGGUACGCAGGCGGUUACACAACAAAUUGUGUCGACAGGAACGAUCAUUGAUUUGACUGACGGAGAUGGAGUGGGCAGUAGCAAGAACAACCCCAACACCUCCAAUAGCAGUAGCGGGCCUUCUUAUAGCGGCUAUUAAAGAAUGAGUAUGCAUCGGGUUUUGCACAUGAUGGAGGGUUAGCAUAGAGAAUGGGAUGUGUAAAUAUAUUUUGGGUACAUAGACAAUUGUAGGCAGAUGGGGAUGAUUGUAAUUCGUUGUUAUCGCUUAAUGGCUUCAAUCAGGACGCGCUACAAAGUAGGAACACGCCUUCAGUUGAGGGAGGUGAGCUACCGAAUACGAGACUACGACAACACUUUGGUACGAAAGAAACCACUGCAUGGCUGCUACUGG